CGUUGCUCAGUAACUUCCUGGUUGAAUUCUUCCUGGUGUCUCUCCUGGUCAGAUUUGUGUGUCUUUAUGGUCAGACAUUUGCUCUGCUGUUGGGAAUAAAGGUCAACGUUUUGUUUUAACUCGACAGAUGUGGACUUUUGCAGGAUUUCUGCUCUGGCUUGUUCCACGUGUGAGAUAGAAUGAGUGCAUGUGAGAGAGCUUCUCUCUGCUUCCUGCUCCUGCUCGGUCUGAUCCAGACUCCACUGUGUGUGACAGCUGGGAAGAUCCUCGUCUGGCCAGGAGAAUUCAGUCACUGGCUCAACAUGAAAACCAUCUUAGAUGAGCUUAUAGCCAGAGGACACAGUGUGACCAUCGUUACCCACAGUGCUACACCGUUUCUACUGAAAGACCAGUCUCAGGGCUACACCAUGGAGAUCAUACAGGUGCCUUACAGCAAAGAGGACAUUACGGAUACCAUGGAUAGGGCUUUCAUGUACUGGAUUUAUGAUCUGCCAAAUGUCAACAAGUUCCAAGCCUUUUUGAAGAUUACUGAAUCAGUUGGCAUGAUGAUGGAGCAGAAUAAAGUGUUAUGCAGAGAGCUUUUUGCACGAGAAGAUCUGCUGGAGAAGUGGAGAAUGGAAAAGUUUGAUGUUCUUCUGACAGACGCUGUGUCUAUGGGUGGGGAACUGCUUGCACAGAAGCUCAAUCUGCCCUUCAUCAUCAGUUUAAGGGGCUUUAUUGCGAGUUCCCUGGAGCGACAAUGUGGGAAGCUACCGACACCAUCGUCCUAUGUUCCUGCAUUCGCACUGAGCUAUACAGAUCACAUGGAUUUCCUGCAGAGAGUGACAAAUUUUUUGUUUAAUGUCCUUCAGGACAUAGUGUUUAAUCUAGUGGCCAUGGUGAAAUGGGAUCCCCUCUUUUCAGAAGUCAUGGGCAAACCCACAACAGUAUGUGAAUCUAUGAACAGAGCUGACAUCUGGUUAAUCCGAACUUAUUGGGACUUUGAAUAUCCACGGCCGCUCCUCCCAAACUUCAAAUUUGUCGGUGGAUUACACUGCAAACCUGCAAAACCUCUACCAAAAGAGAUGGAGGACUUUGUCCAGAGCUCAGGAGAUGAUGGUAUUGUAGUGUUUUCACUAGGCUCCAUAAUAAAAAACCUCACCAAAGAGAGAGCGAACACCAUCGCUUCAGCACUCGGACAGAUUCCCCAAAAGGUCUUGUGGCGAUACACUGGUGAGAAACCAGAAACUCUUGCUCCUAAUACAAGAGUCUAUGACUGGAUUCCUCAGAAUGAUUUACUAGGACAUCCUAAAACCAAGGCCUUCAUCACGCAUGGAGGGACUAAUGGUAUAUAUGAAGCUAUUUAUCAUGGAGUUCCCAUGGUGGGUCUGCCACUGUUUGGUGAUCAGCCUGAUAAUCUCAAUCACAUGAUAUCCAAAGGAGCUGCUGUGAUGCUUGACAUUAACAAAAUCGACUCCGAGGACUUAAAGCAAGCUGUCAAUGAAGUCAUUAACAAUCCAUCGUACAAGGAGAGCAUGAUGAGGCUAUCCCAAAUCCAUCAUGACCAACCGAUGAAGCCGCUGGACCGAGCUGUCUUCUGGAUCGAGUUUGUGAUGCGCCAUAAGGGGGCCAAGCACCUGAGAGUCGGAGCCCAUAACCUCACGUGGUAUCAGUACCACUGCUUGGACGUUGCUACCUUUCUACUUUCUGUAAUUGCACUAGUCGUGUUCAUCUUUGUGAAAACGUGCAGAUGGCUCUUCCGGAAAUGUUGCAGAAAGACAGCAGCAAAGAGCAAGAAAGAGUGAAGCAUGUGUAGAUGAACGUGUCAAUAAUUACUGUGACAUACAUUUUAGGAAUAAAGCACUGCAUUAAAUGUACACUGUACAAAACAGAUGUUUUUUCCUGUUUAUACAGUACAAGUCCAGGUUUACUUUUAAACGAGUCCAACACUAUCGGGUACAAAGCAAUCUGUUUUUUUUUAUCUGUAUCAUUUACAUUGUGGUCUCCUUUUUAAAUAAGGAUAAAAAAUAAAAACAUUUUUAGAUUAA